AUGGACUUCGAAUCGAGUUUCGCCGAAAGUUCGGAAGAACCGAUGGACUACGAAGAGACCGACAGUGGUAAACUUUUUUUGUAUACAUUUUUUUGAAUCAUUUUUUUAAUGUUUUUCGCUUCAACGGGAAAUGUUUAGAAAAACACUUGAUAUUGAGCCUUCUCCUGUUUUUUUAGUAGAAAACUUUACGGCUUUUCCCUUGCAUUAUUGAAAAAGUCAGAGCUUUGUUGAUUAAUAACCGAUUAAUCAGAGUUACUUUUUGAAAAUAUAUGUAACCGAAGACAAGCGCACCACUGUGAGAAAAUAGACUAAAAAUUUCGUUUUUUCAACAUUAGUCAACGAUUUUAUUAUUUUUAACUUUUUUUGUUUUUAAAAAAUUUCUGAAUUUGUCUUUCAGGUAGAGCAAACACUAGUCGACUGCAAAGUUUUUGGGCCGGUGAACUUCGAUUUCCGAACAGGUAAUUAUUUUUGUAAAGGACUAUCUAACGAAUAAAAAAAUUAAAUUUUUUUAUUGUACUCGGAAACUUGAUAAAUUAAAGGUUUUUAUUCUUUUGUUUGAAGACAACUUUUAAGUUUUUCCUUUCAGGUAGACCGAUAAUCAAUCUUCCGACGAACCGGGAGCAAGUAAACUUUGAUUUCAAGACUGGUAAGAUUUUGUAAAAGAGCUUUGAUAUUAUAAAAGAAGUCAAUAUAGUCAAUUUUUUCUGGGUUGAAAUGCUGAAUGUGUAGAUUGGCGAGGGUGACGCCUUGCGUGCGCAAUGCGGCUCCUUGGCGGGGAGCUCAAUCAUGGAAAAACUGUGUGAGGGUUUUUUUCUAAUUACUAUGCGUUCAUUUUUCCGAUUUAAUCUUUUCAAGACUAUAAAAAACGUAAUUCAUUGGAAAACUCAAAAAAAGGCGGCUCGCGUUUUUCCUCGAGCUCCACGCCGAAAAGCCGCGUCGCGUACGCAACGCUUCACCCUUGCAAUCUACCCAUCGCGCCUUUCAAAUCGGGGAUGACUGACUACAUUUUGUUAGUAAAUUUAUAAUUUUAUAAGAUGUCAGUAAACUUUUCGGUCAAUUGAAAAAAAGCAUCUCGGCAAAUGUCGUUGGUUUCACCAUUAUUUCUGAUAGGAUUGAUAAUUUACUCAGGUGGAUCUAAUAUUAUAAAAUCGCAGUCAUAUUGUUUCCUUCUUUCUUUUGAUAACCAACCUAAUGAGUAUCCUUUAUAUUUUAUAAGUCGAAAUUUAUUGGUGAGGGCGCCUUUUCGAAGGAUAAUGGUGAUUUUUGUAACUUGAAAAAAAUAUCUAACUUAUCGCAAUAUUAAAAAAAAUAGCGUUUUUUUCUGUCAGAUAAGACAUGUUUUUCACUCAUCAAAAAGCGUGCAAACAGCAGAAAAAAAUUCGAAAAAAAAUCGUAUUUGAUCAAAAAAAGCUGAUCUAGCAAAAAAACAAUUUAUAUACUACUUGUAGUGUAACGAUAACUUGAAUUUGUCUUUCAGGAAGAGAGAUAACAAAUCGCGAAAGUUCAAGGCCGGCGGUUCAUAACUCUCGCACCGGUGAGUGUUUUAUUAGACUUUUUCACACCUCGAAAAGCUUUUUUGAUAAGUAUAUACUCGAAAACACGGAACAGGAAAAAUGAGAAGACCUCCAAAAUUCCAACAACUCCUUUUUUAUCAACCUCAUUGCAAAUGCACAUUGAAUUUGAGUGGUUAUCAAAGUCCUGUUAUUUAUUAAUUUUUUGAGGAGAAUACGCAAGUUGUGAAUGUCUCUCAAAAAAACAAAAAAAGUUAUUGGUUUUUCUGAUAAAAAAAUUAUUUAAUCAAUUUUUCUUUGAAUUAAUUUUUUUGAAAAAUAAACCCCGUAAAUGGUUCAGAAGGUGAAGUUUCAAAAAUCGAAUAAUUAUAUGCUUCCACUAUGAUCUGAGUUAACUUACAGAACAACGUAUAGAUUUUUAAAAAAAUGAGAAAAAAAUUAUGAAAAACAAGUCGAUUGGACAAAAAUUUAAGUGAAAAAAAGUAUCGAAUUUACGCCUUUUCAGGGUAUUUUUUUCUCAAGUAACAUUUUUUUCAGAUGCAACUACAGGGAGAUACCACAACAGAAAUAAUGGGCCGAAUUACGAUUCCCAACAGGGUAAGCCAAAUAGCUUCUUUUUGAAUAAUUAUUAAGUGACUUUUUUUGGUAAGAUAAAAAAAGAUAGAGAUGGAGACCUUUCACAAUUGCGCUAUGACUUUGCCCAGUAAAAAAAGUCUAACAACAUUUUUUUAUUAGAAAAAAAUGAAAUUUGAGUUUCGAACAACUAUUGAAAAAAAUUAUUUUUUUAGGAAAAAAAUUGAUUUCUAGAAAACUUUUAGAAAAAAAUGAUCAAAAAGUCUUCAGGUAGAGCAAGAGUCGAUCCUGCUUCGCGAGAAAACUGGAAUCCGCAGGAAGAAAGUAGAGAAAGACACUCUCAGAACACGACGGAAAGACGUUUCCCUGGUGAUUUUUUGAAAGUUUUCAGAAAUAUAUGAAAUUUCUCGCAACUGAAGACUGUAAACAGCUUCAAACUGACCAGUGACUUAUUUCUUUUGAGAGGUUUUUCAGACUUUUUUUCCUAAAGAGUUCAUAAGUCAUCAAAUAAGUGUAUUAGUAAUCAGCUUUCUCAUUUUCAGCUCGCAGAAGGGUUGAAGGAAGCGAAACCAGAAUUCCCCUCAGACAUACUCGCCCCUACAUUCCGCAAAUUUUUCGGAGGUGAUCUUUUUCAAUCUCAGAAAGUUUUUGGUUUCUAACCUCCGUGUGAGUAAUCAAAAACAAAACGUAGCCAAAAAAUUUCAACAUUCCUUUUAUAUACUGAUACUCCUUGCAAUGAAACUUAUUCGAAAAAUCAUUUUUUGUUCAAUUUUCUCAGACCUGACCGAGUUACUAAUUUUUUUUAGGUGGUAUUUCUGCUCAAAGGAACCUUGGCAGGAGAGAGGAUCCGCACAGACGUCCUCAAAUGGGCGUGACUGUGACGGACAGGCGUAUUCAUGGUGAUUUUUAUUUCGAAUUUUUCAAAGAAUAUGAGCAGUUUUUCGCUACUAAAGACAGUCUGAGAGGCUUCAAACGGAUCAGAACCUUCAACCUUUUGAGCUGGUUUUUUUCAGCGAUUUGUUUUUUUGGAAGAUGAAACUUGUUGAGUUAUUGAAAACUUUAAAAUUUAUUUAAAAUAUCUGAAAAAUUUUUUUUAACAAAGUUUGCUUUUCGAGGGUAAGUGGCUACAAGUUUUCAUUUUUCUUUAAAUUCCGAAUUCCGUUCAUUCAAUGAACUUCUUAUUUUCAGCUCGCUAUGGCUCUGACAGAAGCGAAACAAGAAUCCCCCAUAGAUACACUGGCCCUUACGUUCCGCGAAGUUAUGGAGGUGGUUAUUUUUUUAACAUUAUCAGAAAGUUUUUGGUUGAUAACUUAAGUGUAAGUAUUGGAAACGCAAAAAAUUCUUUUUUUCAAUGUUCUUUGCCACGAAACUUUCGUAAGAUCAUUCCGAGUUCUUCCGAGUAACAGAAUCUUUUUCAGAGAGAACCUCUUCUCAUAGGGUCUCGAACAGUACGGGGAGAGAAGAAAGGGAAGAAAGAAGGAAUGAAGAAAGAAGACGUCCUCAAGAUGGCCGAAACGGGACGGAAAGACGUUUGCAAGGUGAUUUUUUGACAAAUUUUCUUUUUGAUAAAUACAGCAAAAACUAACUCAAACUCCACCCAUCGCCGAAUCAUUAUUACAGUUUUCAUUUUUCAGCCAGAGUUCUUCAGAGUUCGUUUUAUUUUAUAUUUUUUCAGUUUGAUUGGAUAGUAGGAUUUAUUUUCAGAUCGAAACCAUGAUGGAAGAGACAGCUCCAGAAACCCGAAUUCAGGCCGUUAUACACACGAAAACCACAAUAGGACCACAAGCUAUGGAGGUACACUUUUUGUGUUUUAUUGCAGAGAUCAAAGGGUUAUGCAUUUAUCUUUCAUACUCAGUCCUUCAAAAAUCCAGUGUUUGACUGAAGAAAAAAACACUUUGUCGCGUCUUCGAUUAAAGUUUGUGAUAUUUUUCGGAUCGAAAAAACAAAUCCUUUUUUUUGUGACUCAGCUUAUUCUGCCUCUUUUCAGCACAAAACGAACCUCCGAGAUACAACCAGUCGAUGUCGCGGAGAAACGAUAAUGUUUUCAACGCAAAUGUACCGAAGGACGCCAAUUCAGUUAAUAUCACAAUCAUGAUCAAUCCUAAAUAG